AUGUCAUCUUUCCUGCAAGAUAUGAAAACGGAAGAGACACGAUUCCGCCUCGUUGUGUUGGGUCCUGGAAAGGUGGGGAAAACAUCAAUAAUUCGACGCUAUCUUCAUGGAACUUUCGAUGAAAGAUACAAAGAAACCGUUGAGGAUCUUUAUUCGAAAGAUUUCAAUAUACAGGGAAUGGAAAUAUCACUGGAAAUUCUGGAUACAAAUUUCAACUAUCCAGGCAUGCGCAAAAUUGCAAUAGCAUCUGCCAGUGCAUUUAUGCUUGUUUUUGCUGUCAAUGAUGUGAUUAGUUUCAAGCAGGUGAGUGACAUAUGGUCACAGAUUGUGCAGCAACGAAAAGAUGCUCGAACCCUUCCAACUGUUGUUGUUGGGAACAAAUGCGAUUCAUCUUCUCAAAAAAUCUUUGAUGCAACAGUUCAAGCAUGGAUGCGACAUUUAAAUUUUAAUAUAAGUUAUGUCGAAUCCUCUGCAAAGAUGAACUAUAAUAUAGUGAAAAUAUUCCGAAAUUUUCUAGAACAAAGUGAUUUAUUGGAUGAAGAGAAAUGGGUAAAACAGAAAUUACGACCUGGUGAAAUCUCGCCAUCAAAGAAGCUUAAUCGAAACUGGUCAUUACGGGUUACCAAUGCUAAAGAUAGCGGUUCAAAGGAUCUCAAUCAGUCGGGCAGUCUUCUACGACGCUCGAAGCACCUGUCAUUAAGAAUGAAAUGCCAUGAAAAGGAAGAAUCAUUAGGGCUGUCACCGUGUGCGGUCAUGUGGUCCUCGCCCUUACUACUGUCCCUCACAAGCGUUUUUGGCCUACUAGGUCUGGCGUUGAUCACAUUGGCUUUGGCCACUGACUCAUGGACCGACUAUCAGGUAAAUCGACGAGAAAUAAUCAAUGCUAUGAAUCGAAAUACGGAAUUAAAUGUUCGUUUAAAAGAUAAUGUUGUAAGGAAUCCGUUGUACUUUUCACGCAGUUACGGUCUCUUUCUUGUGUGUUUUUCGGAUGCUGUGCCCUCAGAUAUUGGAAGCUUUUCCAAAUUUGGUUCACCAUGCAUCUGGAACGACGACUAUCAUCCAUCCGAUGCAGCAUAUGAAAAAUACGAUAGCUUACAAACAUACCGUUAUUAUGCCAUGUGGGGUGCUGCAAUAUUAUAUCUUUUGGGUUUGGUUGUAUUCAUUAUUUGUUCAAUAUUUGGUAUGGUUGGUUGUUGGCGACGAAGCACAAAAAUAGUUCUUACGACUGCAUUACUUAUGCUUUUUUCAGUACUACACGUAGCUCAAUAUCUCUCCGAUUUUACUAGCUGUGACUGGAGCGUAACGCAUCUAUUGAAUGCUAAUAGUUAUAUCGGAAGUAAAUCUCAUUUCAUGGCUUGGCCACCCUACUUCAUACCGCGAUGA